CAGUGACGUUCUUUUGAACACCAAAAAGGUUAUAUUAUUUUGUUACGAGCUCAUUCUUUGAUGGGCUCUUUGUCAAGCAAAAUUACUCGUAGUUCCAAAAUGGCGAGUUCACAAGAUAUCCAACAAUUUAUCAAGCAAGCAAUUUCUCAGGAUAAAGUAGUUGUAUUUUCAAAAUCCUACUGCCCUUAUUGUACCAUGGCUAAGGAGGUGUUUUCGAAAGUGAAGCAACCAAUCAAGGUGUACGAGCUGGAUGAGCGUGAUGAUGGUAGCGAGAUCCAAGAAAACCUGGCCUCAAUCACUGGUUUCAGAACUGUACCUCAAGUGUUCAUCAAUGGCAACUGUGUGGGAGGCGGCAGUGACGUCAAGGCCUUACAUGCUUCCGGCAAGCUAGAACCCAUGCUCAUUGGUUAAAUUACAUCACAAAUAUUUAAGAAAAUAAAAUAAAUAAUAUUGUUACUUAUAAAAAUGUAAUAUUUAAAUAUUUGUUAAGUAUUUAAAUGUUGUGAUUAUUAUUUGUAAUGCUUCUUCUAAAAGUACAAGUAAUUGUAACUUACAUUAUUUAAUAUUGUUUGUUUAAAUAUUUUGUACUUAUAAGAAUCUUGUAACAUUUAAACACAAAGCUUCUAUGUAGUUCCUGUGAUCAAAUUUCGUCACCAUACUUACCAUUCAAUAUUGAUUUCGUAUUUUAUUAUAUUUUUGCAAAUAAAGAAUUAAUGCAAUGUU